GGUAUAUAAGGUGCGGUGUUUUGGGUUCGCUGUUUGUGGAUUGACGAGUUGGUAGUGUGGGAUUACUUUUGUUUGUUUGGUGAUUGUUAGAUAUUGGAUAAGUGUGUGAUUCGCAAGCAGCGAUUAUCUAAGUGUUGAGAGAAGAACGAGAAAAUGGACGGUAUACUAGGACCGCGCGAGCGCAUGGCGAAAGAGCACGGAACGGACGUCGAGCACGAAGCUGGCAGUAUGCACGCCGCCAGCAUAGAGAAAGGCGAUAUCUUGUCGUUGGAACACACAGAUCCAGUUCUAAACGCAAAGAUGCACCUCGUCAACAACGCCAUCGACGAAAUCGGCUUCACACGCCACCAAUGGAAACUCUUCAUCCUAAACGGCUUCGGCUACGCCGUCGACUCUCUAAUCCUGCUCAUCCAAUCCGUCAUAAACCGGCAAGCCCAGCUCGAAUUCAGACCCUCGUACAACAACGGGCUCGUCAUCGCCGCAUACGUCGGCAUGCUAGCCGGCGCGCUGUUCUGGGGCCUGGGCGCGGAUAUCAUCGGCCGCAAGAUUGCGUUUAAUUGGAGUCUGCUGAUCUGCAGCGUGUUUGCGAUUGUGGCUGGGGCGAGCCCGCGGUGGGAGGUUUUGGGGCUGUUUGUGUGUUUGAGUGCGUUUGGGGCCGGGGGGAAUCUGGUGCUGGAUACGGCGGUUUUUUUGGAGUAUUUGCCGAGUGGGAGGCAGUGGAUGUUGACGCUUAUGGCGGCUUGGUGGGGAAUCGGUCAACUCAUCGCUGGCUUCUUCGCCUGGGCUUUCCUCCCAAACUUCAGCUGCGAUGAUCCGCUUCUGUCCCCCGACGCGGGGCCUUGUACGCGCGCCAACAACCAAGGAUGGCGCUACUUGUGGUACGCGUCAGGCGCGCUCGUCUUCGUAAUGAGCAUCGCGCGCAUCACUGUAAUCCGGCUGAAAGAAACGCCCAAGUUCCUCGUCGGCGAGGGCCGAGACGCAGAGUGCGUCGAGACACUGCAAACCAUCGCCGCGAAAUACAACCGCCCCUGUUCCCUCACCCUCGAACAGCUCACCGCGUGCGGCACCCUGCACCGCACGCAGCACACGGGACUCGCGCGCUUCGGCAUCGGCGACAUAACCAUGCAUCUCAAGGGGCUAUUCAGCACGCGGAAGAUUGGGCUCAGCACGAGUUUGAUCUGGCUGUCCUGGACGCUAAUCGGACUCGCCUACCCCCUGUACAACGUGUUCCUGCCCGCAUACCUGGCAACCCGCGGCGCCGAGUUCGGCGACAGCAGCGCGUACACGACGUGGCGCAACUACACGCUGGUAAACUUCAGCGGGAUCUGGGGCCCCGUGCUGGCGGGCUUCAUGUGCCACACUGUGCUGGGGCGCAAGUAUACGAUGGUGAUUGGGGCGCUGGUUACGAUGGCGUUCUUCUUCGCGUUCACGCAUGUGCGCACUGCGGAUCAGAAUAUCGCGUUUAAUUGCGUGAUUAACUUCUGCUUGAAUGUGUAUUAUGGCACGCUGUAUGCGUAUACGCCUGAGGUGCUGCCGAGUGCGCAUCGGGGGACGGGGAAUGGUGUGGCGAUUGGGUGGAAUCGCGUUAUGGGGAUACUGAGCGCUGUUAUUGCGGAUGUGGCGGAUACAUCCACGCCCGUCCCGAUCUACAUCUGCGCGGCACUCUACGUGGUCAUGGCGGCCAUUGCGGCGAUUUUCCCCUUCGAGCCGUAUGGAAAGCGAAGCUCUUGA